AUGUUUUUUAAAGUCUUGACAUGCACUCCCAGCAGUUCGAAACUACGUGACUGUGUUGGAAAACAUUAUAGAGGCAACGAUAGAGACCGCAAUAAAAACAAUUAUGAUGCCAGCGACAGAGAUAGAAACCACUAUAGAGGCAAUAGUGGAUACAAUAGCACAAAUCGUGAUAAAAAGAACAAUAGAAAUGCUAAGAACAGAAAAUCUAAUAAUAAUGCUAAGUUCAAAUUUAUUCCUCCAAAAACGACAUCUAUAAGUUCAAAUAUUGCUAUGUUAUCAAUUCCAACAAGCUUAUCGCGAUCCCUAACAACUACACAAUCAAUUCCAACAAGCUCAUCGCGAUCAGAUAUAUUAUCAACUCCAACUUUCACUAAUCACAAUUCAGCUGCAGAUACAGCUGGCAGCGAUAAUGUAGCAAAUCCUUUUAGUCCUGAUUCACCUUUUCGCGUAAUAAUAAUUAUUGGAAUUAUAAUAGUCGUAUUGAUAGCUUUAAUUGCUUCAUAUUUUUUAUUAAGGAAAGCAUUUUUUGUUAAAAAGCGUUAUGAUUCAAACAAAAGGCAUUUACUUGAUCGUUCUACGGCUGGAACCGACCUUGGUAUAAGUUGGGCAAAUUCGCUCAAUAAUGACGCUGAAAUUCGACCACCAACGACCGCAAUAACUUCCAACAGAAGCUCAAUGGCACAAUUUGAUCAACUAAUAAACAUAGAUUUGAGUGAAGAUAAUUCUAGUAAUUAUUUUGUUAAUAUAUCGGGUGUACAAGAUUUCUUGGAGCCGGCUCGGAGGUCAAGUGCAUUUCUGGAUGGCUUUGAUUAUGUGGAACCUGAAGUUCCUUUUGAAAAUAUAGAAAAUGAAGUUAUUCAACAACCUGCUGCUGCAUUUUUAAAUUAA